GGAAUAUGGACUGGAAUGUUAGGAGGCACCAUUGUGCAAACUAUAGUCUUAUUGUGGGCAACUAUUUGCACAAAUUGGGAAAAAGAGGUGGAGAAAGCUCAGAGCCGUAUGGAUACUUGGGAUCAAAUUAAGGAGCCGCUUUUGAAGGAGUGA